GGUUUCGAGACUGCGAUACACUGAACCUACACUCAGACAACCGGUAACAUGGACUCACGAGCGCACUAUCCAAGCGAAGCCAGCUCGAAGAGGGCCUUGUGGCCAUUGAGUGAAAUGGAGGAUGAAGAGGAGGACGCUGGCGCUGCAAGGUCGGAAGCCGAAGAUGCCAAGAAGCAGAACCACAGCGAGAUCGAGAAGAGGCGCCGGGACAAGAUGAAUAUGUACAUCAGCGAGAUGGCCUCGUUGGUGCCCAUGUGCAAGGCCAUGUCCCGGAAGCUGGACAAGUUGACCGUACUGCGCAUGGCCGUGCAGCACAUCAAGACCAUACGCGGUGCGCUCCAUAAUUCGUACACGGAAGGGCACUAUAAGCCGCCAUGGUUAUCGGAUGAGGACGUCAAGAACGUCGUUUUACAGGGCGCUGAUGGGUUUUUGUUCGUUGUGAGCUGUGAUCGUGGUCGCAUACUCUUCAUGUCGGAGUCUGUGCAACAGACACUCAACUACACUCAGGGGGACCUCCUCGGACAAAGCUGGUUUGACAUUCUUCACCCGAAGGACAUCGCCAAAGUCAAAGAACAACUCUCUUCGUCGGACCUCUCUCCGAAGGAGAGGCUCAUCGAUGCAAAGACAAUGCUUCCGCUCAAGGGGGAAUUCCCGCAGCGGCAGAGUCGGCUGUGUCCGGGUGCGCGGCGCUCCUUCUUCUGUCGGAUGAAAUGCAAGACGCAGGCGACCGUCAAGGAGGAGGCCGACACCACAACGGGUGGCCAGCGGCGCCGAAAGUCGCACAGCUUCGACCGCCGAUACUCGGUCAUCCACUGCACCGGCUACCUCAAGUCGUGGGCACCCGCCAAGCUCAGUUUGCCCGACGACGCCCCAGCGGAUGACAGCGAAGGGUGCAACCUGAGCUGCCUAGUGGCUGUGGGCAGAGUGCACGGAGAUCUGGCCAGCAGCCCUGCGACAAGGAACGCUCUCGACACCGAGGCGAUUCAGUUCGUCUCUAGGCAUGCGGCCGACGGAAAGUUCAUUUUCAUUGACAAGAAGGCAACCUUGAUCCUUGGUUACCUCCCGCAAGAACUGCUUGGCACAGCGUGCUACGAAUACUACUGCCAGGACGACGUCUUGCGACUAUCCGAAUGCCACAAGAAAGUUCUGCAAACGAACGAGGUGGUGUGCACACAGCCAUACAAGUUCCGCGUCAAGGAAGGUUCUUUCGUCUGCCUCCAAACAACAUGGAAGGCCUUCAAGAACCCAUGGACCAAGGAACUCGAGUGUCUCGUUGCCACAAACACGCUCAUUGGGUCUCAAGAGGUGGUCAUCGUGGACAGUUCGAACGGUCAGCUGGACGAACUAAUGUGCGGAGGCUCAGCCGUCGGCAGCGGCCAGUGCAUGGACGUCGGAAUGCACGGCGCCGUGUCCUCGGACCACGCGAGAGGAGUUAUGACCCCAACCAGAGGCCCAAUGGUGGCACCUCGCUCGAACGGUGCAAGUCGUGUGGGUGCCGGCAAGAUUGGCCGCCACGUGGCCAUGCAUACUCUCAGCAACCAGGCCAAAUCGAAAGAAGCCUGCCAGAGUUCGAGUUCCACAGUUCUGGAUGCAAGCUGCCUUAGUGCGACCACAAACCAACCAUCCACGUCAGAGGAGGCGAGGAAAGCCUUCAGCAGCCCAUCGCCCAGCACAGGCCUCUCUGGGCCCGGUGACCGGAACGGCGAGAUGCAGACUGACUCGUCCGAGCCACCGCUUCAGACUGGUCACGCUGCUGUGUUCAGGUCCGCGUCGCCAGCCAAUCAGCCCAUGGCGGAGUCUGAGCUGGACCUGGUGAACAGCUUCGUAAGUCGCGACAUCCUGAGCGCCGGGACUCAGGGCAACAGCGAAGGGAACGACGAGGCUGCCAUGGCUGUCAUCAUGAGCCUGCUGGAAGCGGACGCUGGACUUGGCGGACCGGUGGACUUCAGCGGCAUGCCGUGGCCCCUACCUUGAAACGCCUACGUGCGCUCCUGUUUCCGCGUACUCUUGCGAGUUCUCACCGUAGAGCAGAGAAGAACACACCAUCUGUGGCAUGCACCAGAAGGCACUACCAGUCAGUAUUCACUCCAAAGUGCAUAUUCACCCCAGCAGUGAACUCGGAACCGCGCGCCGUACGGAAUGAGUCCAGCAGGAACUUUUCUAGGAGCUGACGUCCAAUCAUCCAGUGCUGUUCGCGGUCAAACACGUGGUGUGCCGUCAUUGAGUGCUACCUUUCUUAUUGAGGCUAUCCGUGCUUAACAUCAAGUUCUGCUUCUACAGCUAUGCCGGUUGUGCUCCCCUAUCCCCCCCCCCCUCCCCCCCGCCUUGUCCACAGACUUGACGCUGGGCCAUGCUGCACAGCCGCUUUGUAAGCGACGUUAACACAUUUCGAACCACUUGCUGUGCAUUUCCGGAAUGCAUAAACGCACAAACUUGCAGUUACAGCGCAUAAAGAAAAAUAAACUACCAAUCAUCGUUACGAAGUUCUGCAUUGGCAGUAGCGAGAGGUUGCUUGUGAUUUGUCUUAUCCACAUUUGUUGCUGAUGUACAGUACUAAAAAAACAGGCGCUUUUUAGGGAUUCAUAUAUCUUGUCUUGGUGUUGCACCCUCUGCGAAGCUUCAGCGGAUGCGUAUUCUACGAGCACUCGGGUGCGCGUGGUCUCAUGCGGGCCUUGAUCGACACACGGUUAGUAGUGAUUUAUAUCUCUAGGUGUCACGACGUACACGAAGUCGAGUUGUCGCCGCAGUAUCUGCGACAUGUUGUGAGCUGUGAUAUUACGGAAUAUACGAAAGCAUCACUCUACUUGUGACAAAUAUGAAUAAAGCUUCAACAAAGCUGUAAUUUGAGUCACGUCGCGUCAAAACGGGUA